UGCCUGUCCUUAUGGAGAGCCCAUGAAUGUUGGACAGCCUUUAAGACCCAUUCUCAAACCUGCAGCUUCCAGAGAGCAGGAACCUCGCCCAAGGAGGGAGCAACCAGGGGUGGACAGACCAAGCCCAGGUACAAACUACAGGAUGUACUCAACACUCUCCACCAGGCAUCACCUGAGCCGCGUGGCUGUGGUGGGGGGCACCCAUGGGAAUGAGCUCUCAGGUGCCUACCUGGUGAAGCACUGGCUACAGGACCCUUCCGAGCUGCAGAGGAGGACCUUCACAGCCACUCCCUUCCUGGCCAACCCCAAAGCCACCGAGCGCUGUGUGCGCUAUAUAAACCAGGACCUGAACAGAAGCUUCCAAAGGCCCUUCCUCACCUCCAAGGGUGAGCAGGAUGAACCCUAUGAGGUGAGACGGGCCCAGGAGAUCGACCAGCUCUUUGGUCCAAGAGGCUCGGCCAAUGCCUUCGACUUCAUCUUCGAUCUUCACAACACAACCUCCAACAUGAAGGCCUGCCUGAUCUUGGACUCUGAGAAGAGUGUCUUCAUCAUGCACAUGUCGCACUAUAUCCAGAAGCACAUCCCAGGCACGUGUUCAAUAUGUCUGCAUGGUUGUCCUGAACCAGAAAGGUUUGACCUCAUGUCAGUUGCCAAGAAUGGCCUGGCCCUGGAAGUGGGCCCCCAGCCUCAUGGGGUGCUUCGAGCUGAUGUUUUGUCUCUGGUGAGAGCUCUGUUGGCUUGUGGUCUGGACUUCAUUGACCUCUUCAACCAGGGGACCUCAUUCCCUGCCUUUGACAUCGUGGCUUAUAAGCUCCUAGAGCCGGUGGAUUUCCCUCGGUCUCCCCGGGGAGAAUUGUUAGGAUUUGUCCACCCCCAGCUCCAGGACAAAGAUUUCCUUCCUCUGAAGCCAGGAGACCCCAUUUUUCAGCUCUUCAGUGGGGAGGAGAUCUUCUACGAGGGGGAGGCCACCAUCUACCCAGCAUUCAUCAAUGAGGCUGCCUACUAUGAGAAAAGAGCAGCCUUCUUCAAGAUGGAGAAAUGCACAUUCUCUAUCCCACCUUUAGAGGCUCCAGCAGCAUCAGCCCCCUGA